CUAAUUUGACCAAAACUUAGGACAAACACAUAUCCAUCAUCAAUAAAGAAAAAACAAACUCCAUCAAAUACUCUCCCUUUCUUCCCUUUUUUAUCAUCAAUCAACAAACACAUAAACGUUACUCUUCCUUUUUAUUUAUUCAUUUUUUUGAAGGAAUGGUUUUUGAAAAAUGGCAGUAGAUCUAAUGCUGGGUUCAUCUUCUUCAAACCUCUCACUUUCUCUCUCCUCUUCAAAUCAUCAUCAAAUGGAAGAAGCCAUUGCUCAUGAAACUUCUGCCGGCCUUCAAAGUGUUCAUAAUUUCCUCCAUCUUCUCUCUCCUCCUAAUAAUAAUAAUGAUAAUAGUAAUAUGGAGAGUGAUUCGAAUUAUCAAGCCGUAGCAGACGACGCCGUUUUCAGGUUUAAGAAGGUUAUUUCUCUUCUGGGUCGGGCUCGGACGGGCCACGCCAGGUUUCGUCGGGCACCCGUUGCUGUUGACCAUAAACCACAGCAUCCGCAUCAAAACGGUGUCGUUUUAUGUCCAAAGCCACUUCAGCAAAUUCCUCCUCCGCCGAUGAAGAUGAACGCCUUGAACGGGUAUGAUUACGCGACCAAGGUGGUAGCACCGACGGCUACGAUUAAUUUCUCGUACUCGGCGGGGAACUCCGUUAAGUCAACGUUGACUGCUGACGUGGAUAAUAAGCAGGAUAUUUUGAUGAAUAAUAAUCACCAUCAUACAAUUAAUACUCCUCCGUGUGCUGCUGCUGCGAAUAGUACCAACACAACGACGUCGUUUCAGAUGACGAAUUAUUCCGGGAUGGUUUCGUCGGUGGGAAGACCGCCUCUUUCUCAUACGUCGUCGUUUAAGGUUAGGAAGUGUUUUUCCGAGAAUGGCAAGUGUGGUGGGCCCUCUGGUCGUUGCCACUGCUCUAAGAAGAGGAAAAUGAGGCAAAAGAGAAUCGUGAGAGUACCAGCAAUAAGCGCGAAGAUGGCAGACAUACCACCCGAUGAUUAUUCAUGGAGAAAGUAUGGUCAAAAACCUAUCAAAGGAUCCCCACAUCCAAGAGGAUACUACAAGUGCAGUACAGUGAGAGGGUGCCCAGCGAGGAAACAUGUAGAGAGGGCUUUGGAUGAUCCAAAUAUGUUGGUGGUAACCUAUGAAGGGGAGCACAACCACUCUCUUUCCGUCGUCGAAACCUCCAGCCUCAUCCUCGAGUCUUCUUGAAGAUUAUUCAUUUGAUCAUAGCUUAGUAAUUAUGGAGUAGUUAUCAAUCAAUUGAACAAGAUAAAAAAACGAUGCAUGGUAGUAAACUCUCAGAUCUAUAGCAUAGCUGAAGUAUUAUCUAGUCAUCUUGCUAUCAUCUCGAAGGAGAUUAUAGUGGAUUAGGUUAAUAGUAAGUAUGUAAUACUUUACUUAAUUGAUUGAUUACUUCUUUUUUGUACACAUUUGCAUGCAUGAGAAACUUCAACUCCUCAAGUAUAAUAUAUAGACACAAAUAUGGUGGGUUUGGUAGAUUCUAAUUUAAGAUAGAGGUGAACAAAAAAAUAGGGUUCCUUGGCAUCUUGUGAUAAUUA